AUGGGCCAGAUUGAGAAGGGCGGUACGAGGGUGAGACUUGGCGUUGGUGUUUUGGAACAUCAAAGAUGGACAGGGUUUUCGCGGAGGUCGCUCCUCGGAUAUCUCCACAACUACAGGUCGGGGGUCUUCCAAAAUCGAGAAGAUUGGUGCAUAUGGCUAGGUCACUUCACCUUACAAUUUGUAUGGCACUCUGGCCCGGGGUUGUGGUGUGGUAGGGGAGAACGGGGGAUAAUCCCACACAGGAGCUUCGAACAACGUCCGGUUCACGUUUGGCUGGAUAACUCCACCACCACACGGGGUAUGCGGUCGGCGAUGGGGUCAAAAUGCUCGUAUGAUCGAGGGCUUUUCGAUGGAUCUAUCGGCGGGUUCUUAUUCGAAAAAUCGAGCGAGUUCGUGGUGGAGCGGUUGCUGAACAUUGGAUUGAGUUAUUCAGAAUGA